GCGAUUUGCAGUCACUCACCAGCCUCUCCAGUGCUCUCGUCAAAGACCAAGGACGCCCGCGUGCUUGCGGUCCAAUUUAUUGCCUAAAUUAUUUUGUUCGUCAACGUCGGUACCAGGCCGGCUUGUAGCCUAGAAUGACUGUAUGUACGGAUUGUGGGGGAACUGUGAUCGAGUAUGACGCCGCAGCCGGGAACGGGUUCUGUGUGCAAUGUGGAACAGUCGUGGAGGAAAAUACCAUUGUCAGCGAGGUAACAUUCGGCGAGACAAGUAAUGGUGCAGCGAUGGUACAGGGAAGCUUUGUCGCACAGGGAGCUACGCGUGCGAGAAUGGGAGGGCCGUUCGGCAACAGGGGAAACAGUGAAAGCAGGGAGCAGACCAUUGCCAAUGCCAGCCGCAAGAUCCAACAGGUCGCAAAUGCACUACGCCUGUCCGAAGUCGUCGCGCUCGCAGCAACACGGUUGUACACGCUGGCAGUAGAACAUAAGUUCACCAAGGGGCGUAAGAGCCUCAACGUCGUCGCUGUCUGUCUCUACGUUGCGUGCAGACAGAAGGAGACGCGCAACUACAUGCUUAUCGACUUCUCCGACCUAUUGCAGGUGAACGUUUUCGAGCUCGGUCACACAUAUCUGCAGCUAGUACAAACACUCAACCUUCGCCUUCCUCUCGUGGACCCAUCGCACUACAUUUCUCGUUUCGCCGCGCUACUAGAAUUCGGUGACGAGACACACCAAGUUGCCAUGGACGCCGUGCGCCUUGUGCAGCGCUUUGACCGGGACUGGAUGACGCGUGGGCGGCGCCCGGCGGGUGUCUGCGGAGCGUGCCUUCUGCUCGCCGCGCGCAUGAACAAUUUCCGGCGCAGUGUCGCUGAGAUCGUGCAAGUCGUCAAGAUCGCAGAUACAACGCUGAAGAAGCGCCUGGAGGAGUUCCGCAAGACGCCGAGCGGUGCGCUUACGCUGCAGGACUUCCGGAAUGUUUGGUUGGAGGAUGAGAUGGACCCGCCUGCGUUCACGAAGGGAAAGGAGAAGGAGGAGAGGGAGAGGGAGGAGAGGGAAGGCGGUGGUGUCCAGGUGAAGGAGAAGACGAAGAAAAAGGGCAAGGGGAAAGGGAAGAAGAAGAAGAGAAAGCGUGGUGAGGAUACAGACGAAGAGGACGUCGAGGAAGAACCUCAGCCCGCGGAGUUCGCACCUCUGCCCUUCCCUCAGUUCGAUCCCACCUUUCUGAAUCAAGGUAUCUUCGGAGACCCUACGCAGUUACACUUUGCCGGCGCACCUCCACCACAGUAUGUCGAUCCUUCCCAAGCGCACUUCCCAGGACCGGACUUCGUUCAGUUCUCCGGUCCACCACCACCUGAUGAUGCGCCUAUGCCGGGCCCUUCGCAACCACCGCCUCAACCACCUUUGUUCCUUCCAGAGGAUACGGAGGGCCCUGACUCGAAUAUAGAUCCGACCUUGCUCGAGUCUCAGGCUGCCUCCCCGACGACCCUCACUGAGCCCCCUACUGACUUGCCGCCAGACAAGGCACUUGCCCAGUCUCCCCCUUCUCCUCUGGAAGAGACAGUCGACGCAGCGGUCGCGGAAGAGGUCGCGGACUUCCUCAAGAAUGCGCAAGGUACUGUUCUGAACUCAGCCCUUGACGAGGCGGAGCAGCAGCGACAAGCUCAGUUCAUCGGAGACGACGAGCUCCUCGGCCUGGACGAGGACGAACUGGAUCGAUUCAUCCUUACGGAGGAGGAGGUCAGAAUCAAAGAACGAGUCUGGGUCGAGAUGAACAAGGAUUACUUGGAGGCAAUUGCAGCGAAACAGGAACAGCAAGGUAACGAUGAGGCGAAGGAAAAAAAGGGUCGCAAGAGACGGAAAACGAACAACAAGCCUCGCGAUGCGUCGACGCCUCAUGGAAGCACCGCCGCAGAGUCUGUGCGGAAUCUCAUCAAGAAAAACCCACGCUACAGCAAACGCAUUAACUACGACGCUCUGAAGGACCUUUUCACAGACGGCUAUGCGGUCCCGAAGUUGCCUGCGACGCCGGGGCUAGAUGACAAAGACGACGAUCCGUUGUACGUGAUGGACGACAAGAGCGACGGCGAGAGCAUGUUUGUCGUCGAGGAGACUGGUGGUGGCGGUGUUGGUAUGGCACUCACCCGGUCGCGCUCGGCAAGCAGCGGUCGACAAGCGAAUAGCGGGGCUGGCGCAGUAGCUGACGAAGACGAAGAUGCCGCCGGCGAGGAAGAGGCAAGUGAGAAGGGGGAUGAGUAUAACGACGAUUGGGAUGUAUACGAGCAAGAGGUUUGAUCACUCGCUAUCAUUUGUACUGAGUAUUCGGCAGACCGGUCCAGCGCUCUCGUGUGCU